GUUUUGAAAGAUAAAUCUUUUUUUUUUAGACGCUGUAAAGUGUUGAUGAAUUUCGAAGGAUUGUUUAUUAUUUGUUUUGCUUUACUUAUAUAAACAACGUUACUUGAUAAAUAAAAAAAGCUAGCACAGUAGAAGCUCUUAAUUAAUUCGAGGAACCCACUGAAACGGGGUGAAGGUCGAGAGGUCCGGCUGCUUGAUUGAGACUUCAUUGACCUGCAAAGAAGAGAAAGCGGUUCUGAAGGAUGCGUCUCACGGUCUUGCUGGCGAUGGCGGCCCGUGCGAGGGUGCCCCCGGAUUACCGCUACGGGACGAGCCGCCCGUGGACCCUUGGCGCUCAGAGGAUGAACCCGCCUGGCAGGAAGCGCCGCAAGGUGUUUGUGGAGCCGAUCGCACCCGAGGAGUGGAGCCUCUUCAAGGGAGACACGGUGGAAGUCCUGGCUGGGAAGGAUUUGGGAAAACAGGGGAAGAUCAGUCAGGUGAUCCGGGCUCGGAACUGGGUGAUCCUGGAAGGACUGAACACGCACUACCGCUACAUUGGGAAGUCUGGGGAGUAUCGAGGGACUUACAUUGCCAGCGAAUCCCCGCUGCUGGUCAGAGAGGUCGCCCUGAUUGACCCUUCGGACAGGAAGCCCGUGCAGGUGGAGUGGCGCUUCACGGAGGAAGGGGAGAGAGUGAGGGUGUCUCUCCGGACCGGGAGGAUCAUUCCCAAGCCCGUGGUGCAGAGGAGGGACGGCAUUGUCCCGGAGCAAUGGAAAGACGGGCCCAAAGACACCUCUCCCGACGACACGCUGGAGAAAACCUACCGCGCCUCUCUGAAAACAUUCGAGGAGGAAAUCGCCGAGGCGACCGGCGUCAUAGAAACCAGACCGCCCCGCAGAAGCUUCUGGUACUGAGCUGCGCUGGGCUCAAAACGGGCGAGAGACUGACCAGCGGGACCGGGCGUGUGGGGAUAUAUCUCACUCUGGGACCCCCACCCCCCCCCGUGAAUUCCACUUGCUUUUAAUGCCGCUGGAUUAUUUGUUGUCACUGAAAUGUCAGACUCCGGUCCUGGUCCGAACAACUUGAUCCUUUGUUCAAGGGGGGGGGGGGGGUGGUGGUGUUGGUCAGCAGUUUAAACUUGUACCCAGGGCUGGAAAUCAGACUCCUGUUGCACAGCAGUGUCACCCAGUCCAGGUUUCACUAGCAGCUUGAUCAGCCCCAGUGGGU